AUGUCGGCAUCGAUUCGAAACACAUGUUUUUAUUUACAUCUGUGAGCAUCGUGGAUCUUCAAACUGUUUCCAGAAGUUAAACAUUUUAAUUAGUUUUUUUUGUGAUAAAUCAGUUUAUUCUACUUCACAAUGGGCAAAAAAGAUAAAAAUAAGAAGAAAGGGAAGGGAGCCGAGAAAACCGCAAUGAAAACGGAUAAGAAGUUGGCCACCAAGCAGAAGAAACUGAUUGCUAAACUGGGCGAGGACGAUAUUGAAUCAAUUGUCGCUAAAUACGAGACAAAAGAAACCAAAUCUGCCGAUCUAACAGAAUCUGUGUGUGCACCGCCUAGCGCGCGAGUGAAUUUCGCAAUAUGCUCGCACCCAGAUAAGGAGGAAAUCUUCAUCAAUGGUGGAGAAUUUUUUAACGGUCAAAAAACAUUCGUUUACGGAGAUUACUAUUGCUACAAUGUCGCCAAGAAUGAAUGGAAGGUGCUCAAAUCCUCAAUUGGUCCUGCUCCCCGGAGUGGGCACCAGAUGGUGUCGGUGUCCACAGAUGGUGGACAAGUUUGGCUCUUUGGUGGCGAGUUUGCAUCACCGUCACAACUGCAAUUCUACCACUACAAGGACCUGUGGGUGUAUCGGGUCGGUAAAAAGCAAUGGGAAAAAAUAAAUGCAACGAAUGGUCCCAGCGCAAGAAGUGGCCACCGCAUGGUGGCAACCAAGAAGAAGUUAUUCGUUUUUGGUGGCUUCCAUGAUAACAACUCCUCGUAUCGAUACUUCAACGAUAUUUACUUUUUCUCAUUGGAAAACUAUACGUGGACCAAAGUGGAAGCAUCAGGUACGCAUCCAGCCCCUCGUUCAGGUUGCUGCAUGAUUGCCAACCCGGAAGGCAAGAUCCUUAUAUGGGGUGGCUAUUCCAAAUCCAACGUUAAGAAAGAGAUCGACCGAGGCGUUACGCAUGCCGAUAUGUUCUCGUUAACAUUGGAUAAAAAUGAUCCAAAAUCUCUCAAAUGGAUUAGCGUCAAACCUGGUGGAAAGCGCCCUCCUCCAAGAAGCGGAAUGAGUGCCGUGAUCGCCGCAAAUGGAAAAGCGUAUACUUUUGGAGGAGUUAUGGACACCGAAGAAGAUGAGGAAGAUGUCCGCGGUAUGUUUAGUAACGAGUUACAUUCGCUUGACCCAACGUCACAUACUUGGCGGAAGCUUGACCUUUCUACAAGGAAGAAACCUUCGAAACAGCAAGACACAGAAAUGAGUGAAGCCGAACCAGUUGAAGAAAAAACGGUCAUGUAUGAUGAUGGAAUUUUUACCAUGUCUGUGGGCGGACCUGCGCAGAGUAGUUCGGCUUCUAAAUCGGAAGCGGAUACCAUUGACCUUGGUGGACCUUCGCCUCGUAUGAACUCCGGUAUUGUUGUCUGUAAAGGAAUUCUUUACAUCUACGGAGGUCUGUAUGAGAGCGGUAGUAAACAAAUCACAUUGAGUGACUUCUAUUCAAUAGAUUUACAUAAAAUGGAUCAAUGGAAGACUAUAAUUGCCAAUAGCCUUACCGGUAAUGAAUGGUUGGGAUCAGAUAGCGAAGAAGGAUCAUCUGAUGAGGACGACGAUGAAUCCGAUGACGAUGAUGAUGAUGACGACGAGGAUGAUUCCGAUGAUAGUUCAGAUAUGGACACUGAAUAAUGCGAGGUAACAUGUGAAUAAAAUAAUACUACUAUACAA